UUUACGCAGUAUUCCGUUAUCCCGUGUGCACGUCGUUUCACUCGAGUCCACUCGAGUCGGAGUCUUUGCGAGCGUUUCUUCGGCGCUGUUCGGCGCGUAGCGACCACGGUCAUCGAGGGCGUCCCGGGACUCGCUGGAGAGGAAGGGGAGAGAACGUAGUCGCGAUCUGCGCGCGCACGCGGUGUGACCGCGAGGGAGAGGUUAAACGCUCUCGACGGUCGCGGCGUAGAUCGAAUCGGAUCGAAUCGCGGGGGGUGAAGCCCAGGAGACAGGCCCGAAACUCGUACUCUCACGGUGACGAUUACGCCGCGAAACUUGCGUCCAAGUGCCGAGAACGCCAGAAAUAAGGAGGAAUCCCGACGGGUGCACCGGGGUGUCCCCGCGGCGUCUGUCUUCCGCUCUGUUCCGCUCUUCGUGAGUCGGCGGAUGGGUCACGGCACGGUAACUCGUUGACACGUGCUAAAAAUAAUCCCCCGAAUGAAAGCGGGCGCUCCGGCUGUGGCAUGCCGCGGUGAAUAGAAUAUUUAAACGACCACGCGAAAAAGGCGGAGAGGGCGGACAAGGCGGACCGCUCGAGUGUCAAAAUCGCGAGCAAUUGCGAGCGACGCGCGAAAGAAAGGACGAGCCAAGGGAAAGCGCGAGGAAGCGGGACGGAGAGUCGCUACGAGGUUCCUGCGAAGUCCGGCAGAGCGCACCGCUUAGGGGUGUCUUCGUCCAUCUCUGUCGUUCCCCGCGAGUCGGCGGACAGGCCUCGGCACAGAAAUUCGUUGUCACGUGCUAAAAAUAAUCGUCCGAAAGCGAGAAAGGCAGAACCGAAGCGAGCGCACCCAUAGCGUGUGUGCAACAUGUCGAGGAAAAAUCACGGGAUUUAAAGGGCUGCACUCGAGGAGGCGCCUAUAGGGGUCGCGAGCGGGUGGGACAAAGGCCGAAAGAGACGAAACGGGCCCUGCAGGUCAAGGCGGCGCGAGCGAGAGAGAGACGGAGCUACGGCUCGAGCGAGAACAGGAAGGAGAUGGAGAGAGAUAGAGCUCCGGCUGUUGCAACCAUGGAGCGGGUGAGCGAAAUCGUGAGGGCUCUUCAGUGGAGUCGCGGUGGCUUCGACGAGGAUGUCACCGAGAGGAACGAGGAGGCUAAACCCUGUCGCGUCGAGUGCCGCGACCUGGAGGCGUCGCGACGCUUAUACGAUAUUCUGGAGGGUAUUUUACUUUGGAAAAACACCGUUAACAGCAUCUCCGUCGUAGUAGUCUUCAACCUCUUGUUCUGGGGCAUCGUCGUAUUAGAGAUCCGCGGCUUUGCAGCAGCCAGCAGUGCUGCGCUGGUCGUGGUCCUCUGUUACAGCACCCUGGAGGCACAGUCCCGAAAGGAGGACAAAGCACCAGGAACCCCAGUAUGCCGAGCAAAGACCGAGCAAAUUGACAAAAUUGCGCGGAAGGCCAAAACAGCUCUGGAGAGUUUGAAACAACUGCGAAAGGAACAGCCUGGUGCAUUUUGCGUAGCAGUUUGCAGCGUCUCUCUGGGACUUUGGCUCAUUGGACGUGCCAUAGAUGGUGUAUUGCUUGCGUAUACAAUAUGUAUGAGCAUUUUAUUGGGGCCUGCACUGUUAUUGCAAAUUCCACAUAGAAUUACAUCUCCUAAAGAAUGGGACAGCGAGAUAGAAGAAUUUCUACCAGCCGUCACCGAGGACAAUUUCCAAGUACUAAAGCGAGCAGGAGAAUCGGGAGAUAAUUCUCUGACACCACCUGGAGUAACUCCUGCAUCUCAGAUCGAUCCAUUUGACGACGAAGAGCUCAUCGGGUUGAAGAUGCCUUCCCACGAGGAGGGCAGCACGGACGGGCUGGAGUUGUCCGAACUGGAGCUAAGUACUGGGGACGCUGAAGUGGAUGGCAUAAAGUUUCGCAGUGGUCACUUCGAGAGAAGUUCCUCCUCCGAGGAGGAAGCCGAGCUGCAGCCUGAGGCCAAAAAACUGCCCAGCCACAGUGAGGACAGCGACAGUGAAUUCGAGAUAAUAGACAGCCGCGAAGUAGCCGACGACGCCUGAUGGCUUGCUCGUGAAGGAGAGAUCCUGACAUCGGCGCGUACCGAGCUGGUACGCAGAUUCGCUGGCUGCCUCGACGCUAACAAGGGAGAGUGUCGGCGUCGUCGAGCAAUUCUCGCGGGGAUUGGAAAGGCGAGGUUACGAAAAACCACCGUUUGUUUCUCCUUUAAUGCAUAUAUGUACACACACAUAUAUAUAUAUAUAUAUAUAUAUAUAUAUUCUUUCUUAACCUUUAUGGCACUUUGAAGCAGCCAAAGGCACUUUUCAAUGACAAGUUAGGCUCUCCUGACUGGUCUUUACUGUGCCAGAUGCUUCCCUUGUGAAGCAGAGUUUUAUACGCGAAUUUUCCUGGACUAAAAACGUGGAUUGCAUGCGAGAUCCUAAGGGAUAUUCGUAAUUCGAGGCGAUUUUUAAAACAGUGGCUUAAUUAAGGCAUUAUUCAAAGAUUAGGCUUUACUACAAACAGAUCGCAAGUCUUUGAUGACGAAUCUUUUUUAGUUUUUGCGUUGUAAUUAGCGAAUAGGCUUUCCCAAAGAGCCAAAAGCAACCUUUCUCGUCUUGGAGAUACGAGGCAUGUAAAAAUGAAAUUUAUAUCUUAUAUUCGUAAUGGCUCAUUGAUUUCUACAUCCUAAGAAGUAACCCAUUGUACAAGUGAGUGUUUUCUGAGAAUCUUCUAUCUCCUUAUUUAUCACAAUUUUAAACGAAAAUCAAAAUUAAAGAUUUCAUUUACGCGAGGAAUAAGAACAGUUGUAUUCAGUUGAUGGGAGAAUUUCAAAACAGCUUAUUUGACUCUUCAUUUCAACUGCUAGUUUCACAUAUAUGACUGGAUAGAGAUAAUAUCACGAGGAAUUAAAAAUUAACGAGCACCUGAUUGCCCUGGAAGGUCAUCUACCAUACACCUGGAAGUUGGUGAGCUGUGCUCCGAAAUCCUAACCUCUGCUCCUCGACUGACAGUCUUCCAUCAUUGAAUCCUGCAGUGUGUAAUUUUUUUCACUUCGGCUCUCCAAUAUCUCGAUGAUCCGUUGGCCGGCGAUUGAGACUGUCGAAAGAUAAAAUUAAAAAUCGCCAAUGGGGAAAACUGUAUAUUUGUAUGGAUAGUCUCGAGCAAUCUCGAGCAAUCUUAUAAAGGUGUACAUUGAUGCGUUUCAACGUCUUGAGAUCGUGACGUCAGGUGAACCCUGCGGUGGACCCGUACACAUCGAAACGCUUAUAGAUAAAAUUUAUUUAUAUAUAUACACAUAUAUUAAAAAAAUAUAUAUAUAAUAUUUGAGAUAAGUAGUGAAAAUCGUAUUUAAUAUUUUUAAACAACCGACAGGAUCAUGUCCCUUAUCGAAACAAGGUGGGAUAAUAGAAAAGAGUUCACACAUGAAAUGUACAAUAAGAGAUCUUGAAGUGGA